AAAAGUAUCAGGGAUGCACAGAUUUCAGUUAUGGAACGGCAAAUCGUAAUAGCUGAACACACAACUACAGUAUGGAAAAAGUGAAGUUUGUUGUCAAAUUUAGAAAAAACAAUGGCAUCAGGUCCAGGGUGACAGAAUGAUAACUCCCCGUCGCGGCUCACUGGUUGAAUCCCAUUAAUAAUCUGAAUGUCAUCCUCAGCAUCCACAUCCACAAUCCUCCGCCAUCUUUCCCUGACAUGCACAUUUUUAUCAAUGUUUAGCCUGAAAGCGUUAAGUGAAUCCUAAUUGACUGUGCGUGUGGUGUUCAUACAACUGUUAUGUCUCUGUUUAUGUCUUUUAAGGGGGGAAAACAGGUGUACUGAUGUAAUCAUUCCCAACAGUUAUGCAGGAUUUGUCCAGAUUUCUUCCAUUUCAUUUUAACAGUGCGCCAACAACAUGCAACACAAUUACCCUACUCCCACCUGUCCUCAUGGGGCUAGAAAGAGUCACAGUGUAGGGUGUCUAAAUAAGGGUAUUGGCACAAUAUGUGUACACUGGCAUCCAGUGUCCCUUGUUAAGAGUUGGCCUGUUACUGCGGAAUACAUGAACACAGGAUCCAAUGUAUGAUUUCACUGCUCCAUAACAAGCAUUGAGUAAACCUUAUUUUUUACAUUUACGAGUCUUUUUAAACAUAGUGACACAUUUCUGACAUUUAGCGGCUAGGUCAACAACACAUGUUCUGUAGCACAUUUCUGAGUAUGACUCGUUUGUUUUUGUUAUGUUUCGUUUCGACGAAUGUCCACAGGAGGGCGUCUUUUCCCUUGCAAGCUCUUUUUUUAGGAGAAUGUUGAAAAAUGAUAUAAAUAUUUCUAUGUGGGGUAGUCUCAGCCUUGCUUCUAAAUCGGAGCAGUGCUCAGGGGAGAGACAAAUAGAGAGGGAGGGUGGCCGAAAACUAAAAAAUAAGAAACCUUGUCACCAGCAUUACACUUUAAGUCUUCUAUAAUCCUGAGUACAAUUUCCCAGGCUAUAUAUUAAGAAGAGCAAACAGAGAGAGAGAGUGAAACACAGUGGAGAGAAACAUAAAGUGAGAACAUUUUGCUUCUAAGUGGGCAAGGAAAGAGUGAGAGAGAAGAGAAGAGAGAAGAGAGAGAAGGAAAAGGUGCAGGAGAGGAGGAGUAGGCACCCUCUCCUUGAAGAAGCGAGGCCACAAGGAAGGUGAAAGAAGAGAGAGAGAGAGCGAGGGGGAAGGAGGGAGCGCACUCUGUUGUGUGGACAUGGGGCUGUAUGCAGUCCUGUUGAUCUGUUUAUCUCAGGCAGAGUUGGGGAGACUUUGGGCAAAGGAACAAACAGAUGAUAUGUCAAUAGGGAUUGAUGGGGGCUCUUCCAGGAUAAGCAGGACCUACCAAAACCAGGAGCCGUCCAACAAAUAUGGUUUGAAUCGAGCUGUACGCAGUGCACUGGGGGGAGGACUGGACAUUGACACCCUGCCCGACAACAUAACCAAAGUGGUGGAGGACUCUCAGAGGUACUACCGGUGGAGGAGUUAUGGGCCAGGGGACAUACGGAUGCAGGAACUCUGGGUAGACCUAAGCACCAUGCAACUGAGCCCAGUCAAAGUGCAUGGAAUCCUGUCCAACACACACCGGCAGGCAGCGCGGGUGGCUCUCUCCUUUGACUUCCCUUUCUACGGACACUACCUGAGACAAAUCACCAUAGCAACCGGAGGCUUCAUUUUCACGGGAGAGAUUACUCAUCGCAUGCUGACUGCCACACAGUACAUUGCCCCCCUCAUGGCCAACUUUGACCCCAGUUUUUCCAAAAACUCCACUGUGCGGUACAUGGACAAUGGCAAGGUGUUUGUGGUGCAAUGGGACAAGGUGCACCUUCAGGGGCGCGAGGCAGAGGGAAUCUUCACCUUCCAGGCUGCUCUCCACAGAAAUGGAACAAUUGCAUUCAACUAUAGAGAUGUUCCUUUGCCAAUUGAAAAGAUCAACUCCACCGAACAUCCAGUGAAAGUGGGACUGUCUGACGCAUUUAUGGCUCUCCUUCCCUCUCCACAGUCCAAAGAUCUCCUUCCUACAGAUGGGAGACGGACUAUCUAUGAAUACCACAGGGUAGAGAUUGACACCAUUAAGAUCAUCAAUCACUCUGCCUUUGAGUUCACCCCCCUGCCCACCUGUCUCCAACACACCUCUUGUGAACUCUGUCUCAUGUCUAAUCUGACAAAAGGCUGUGGUUGGUGCAACACGCUGCAAAGAUGCUCGGAUGGAAUUGAUCGUCACCGUCAAGAGUGGCUCGACUACAACUGUCCUGAGGAGGCAAAAGAGAGUAUCUGUGAGAGCUACACACAGGGGCUCCCUGAGGGCUCUGUGGAUCCUUUCAACCGCUCAGCCACAGAGCCCACACCCUCCUCCGCUGUCCUGGCAGAUAUCCCAGUCACUGAGGACUUGCAAACAGGUCCUCCAAAUCAGGAUCGGACAAAGCAAACAGCAAUUAUUGCAGGUGUGGUGGCUGCCCUCAUUCUAUUGGUAGCCCUGACCCUUUUGGCUGUCUACUAUAUCAACACACACCCCACGGUCGCUCCCCCAUUCUACCUCAUGCAGCGACAAACCAAUAGCUACUGGCCUUCAAUGAAGUUCCGUAACCAGAGCUGCCACUCGACCUACGCGGAGGUGGAGCUGACAGGCCACGAUAAGGAAGGGUUCAUCGAGGCCGAACAAUGCUGCUAAGGAGGCUGGACUUCUGGUGCAGUCAGACAAGGGAGUGGGCUCCAUUUUGGGGGUCUCAAAAGGAAACUAAAGUGGACAGAAUUAGAUGCCAACCGACAGUCUUCACAAAACGUUCCCAAUUCCUCCCAAUGCUACUUUUAUGGACAACGUGUAACUGCUUUUAGAGAUUGAUACUGCGUCUGCUUUUUCGGUGUUUCUCGCUCUUCGCCAAUCUAACAUGCAGUAGUUAUCUACUGUAUGUAAUUCAAAUACUCUAAAAAUGCAUCCUUCUAUCCCUCCAGAUAAUCCCAAAUCUAGCAUUAUCAUACCAGUUUCACCAAUCAUGGCAUAUCAGAUCACUGAUGGUAAUUUGAUGAAGGGAGUAAAGAGAGAUGAUUUUUAAGACUAUUUGAACAAUAUACAGUCAGAAGGGUAACUCCAUAUGUGAGCCAAGAGCAGAACACUCUCUGUGGGAAGGUUGAGAGCCAAUCGGUAACUUUUAAAAAGCACUUGUGGCGCAAAAAGUCAGGGAAUCGUACGGACACACUAGCCUUCAUUACUGCAAACCAGUGUACAGUUCCACUUCCUUCUGCCUGUGUUUUCAUUUUGUUUUAAGAAGAGAUCUUCUGUUUCUUUGAAAGGUUUGUAGAGACAACCAUUGAAUUGUAUGUACAAUACUAUAGCCACAUGGACUUCAUUUACAUAUAUAUUUGAGUGAUUAAUGAUCCUAAUUGACAUGAACCACUUUGGAAACUGUUGUUUUUGUUGAAAUGUAUUGUUAAGUUUAGCAACAGAGAAAAAAACACACUAAAAAACAUUUGGUUUGACAUCUUUACUGUUUCAAAAUGUUCUGAUAUAAACUUGCGACCGGUUUUGAUAAAAAAAACUGGAGUCACUCAGUAAAUGAGCAUUGUUGAAGCACAUGGUCAUUCAUACAAUAGCCUGUAGACAUAUUCAAGGGUUCAAUAAUCAUUGAUUAUCAAAUAUUUUUUGAUCUACAAAUUAGGUAUGACUAUGCCCUCUCCUUCCAUAUCUAUAAUAUAAUCCCACACAUCCAGUAGAUGGCGUAGUUGGUUCACAAACACAUAACACUCAUACCUGUGCACAGUUCUUCUAUGUCUCAUUUCUGGGCUGCGCUCAGUAGCCAAACAUUGCAGAUAGAAAUGCUGUGUGGUUCCUCAUGCUAUAAGACAGGUGUCUAUCUGAAUGUUCCAUAAUGAAGCAUGCUGCACACCAAAACACAUCCAUGCAAACCUAUUAGGAAAUCAGUAAUUCUCCCGUUGGAUAAACAAAUAUCUGUGUUGGCCAAGCGACCAUCAACACUUGUAGAACCAGGACCUGUUCUGUUGUUCUGUCUUGCCUGGAUGUACAAAAAGAGCCAUUACUUACUGCCUGUGGUUACAGCUACUGUGGACCAAUCGUUUUCAAACAUCUUCUGGGAGCUCUAGACAUCUCACAAUUUCAUUGUAGCCCUUCUCUAACUCCCCUGA